CUCGGAUACAAACGCUCGGCCUGAAUUGAGGCUGUAUUUUUUAGUAGUGGCGCAACUCUAACAGUUCACACAGAACUAUGGGAGCCGAUGUGGGAAGUAUUGAUGUUGUGCCCUGCUCUGGAGAUGUAAUAGCAAAAGAAGAACUUCCUCUUUAGUGCUCUGUGGUGACUGUAACCUCCACUGAAGUGGCGUUUAUUUAUUUAUUUUUGGGAAUAUCCGGGUGUUAAUGUCAGAGAAGGACGCGUGGUUCGCCGGACUGACUUUUCAAGCAGGAAUGGCCACAGCAAGACUCGAAUACGUCGCUCCGUGGUGGACAUACUGGCUGCACAAUUUCCCUCACCUCAAUUUCUUUUUCCAGUCAGUCGACAACACUUUCAAACCGGACGAGGCGAGCUAUCAGCAGUCUCUGAUAUUUCUAGCAUGUGUUGGUGCGGUGGGUCUGGGUCUGAGCCUGCUGGUUCUGGCAUUAUGUCUGGUCUGCCUGUGUUGCUGCCGAAGGGACAUAGAUGAAGACACCAAAAGACCUGAAACCUGCUGUCUCACCUGGUCUGCUGUCAUCACGGGGCUCGUGAUAUGUUCUGCUGUAGGAGUGGGUUUCUAUGGAAACAGCGAGACCAAUGAUGGGGUGUACCAGCUGACCUACUCGCUCUACAAUGCCAAUCACACAUUGGGUGGCAUCAACAAUCUGGUUGGAGGAUCUCUGGGCAAUGUUCAAACUGGACUCAAGCAGCAUCUGGAACGACUGGAUGAGAUCUUUGCCGCAAGGUCUGACUACCUGCAAGCUCUGCGCUUCAUGCAGUUGAUGGUCAACAACGUCAUCCGCGAGAUGACCACUCUGCCGGAUAUCAGCAAAGCUAAUGUUGACUUGGCAGCAAUUGCUGACCAAACAGCCUUUGUUGAGUAUUACAGAUGGCUGACCUAUCUGCUGCUCCUGAUCCUGGAUCUGGUCAUCUGCUUGGCUGUGUGCUUGGGAAUGGCCAAGCAGUCUCGAUGGCUGCUCAUCACGAUCAUGGCUUUUGUCGCGCUGUCUCUGAUCCUGAGCUGGGCCUCACUGGGAGCAGGCACUGCUACAGCUGUGGGCACCAGUGACUUUUGUGUUUCUCCAGACAAGUUUAUUGUUAACCAAACCAAGGAUUUCCUCAGUGCAGAUGUUGCACACUAUUAUUUGUUCUGCAGCCCGAAUCUACCAAACCCUUUCCAACAGUCUUUGACAAUCUGCCAGCGUUCUUUGACCACCAUGCAAAUUCAGAUCCAGGGCUUGCUGCAGUUCUCGGUACCCAUCUUCCCCACAGCUGAGAGAGACCUUUUGGGGAUCCAGCGACUGCUGAACUCCACCGAGUUCAGUCUACACCAGUUAACAGCCUUGCUCGACUGCCGUGGGCUACAUAAGGACUACCUGGAUGCCCUAAUGGGUGUGUGCUAUGAUGGGGUGGAAGGGCUCCUCUACCUCUCUUUGUUUUCCCUUCUGGCUGCCUGCGCACUCUCUGCCAUGCUGUGCGCGAUUUUCAGAGUGUGGACACUAAUGGGCAGCAGGGACAAAGAGUAUGACGACAUAGAUGAGGAGGACCCAUUUAACCCCCAAGCCCGGCGGAUAUCCUACAACCCCAGAAGGUCCAACAUCCACAGUUUCUGUAGCUAUACCAGCAGCCUCGGCAGCCAGGCCAGCCUUCACCCGCCUCCGCAGUCUGCCUCUAAUACCAUACCACCUCCUGAAUACAUGAAUCAGUCCAUGCUGUUUGGAGGGAGUCCUCGGUAUGAGAAUGUGCCGCUCAUAGGGAGAGGAUCCCCACCCCCCUCGACAUUUAAAAACCUACUCGCCCAGUAUGAGGACCACCUAUCUAUCUAUGACUGACGCCCAGAUCAGACACUUCGGGACUGACUUCCAGGUGUAGCCUGCAACCUACUGAAUCCUUUUCAGAGAAACACUGUCUGACACUCUGGGCUCUCACCGAGGAGGCUGUCUUCAUGGUGUACUCCUGUUUACUGGAGCUGCAGCUGCUGUCCCUCUUUGAGAUGUGAAAGCAGGCCACACGAGGCAUUGACCUCAGUAACUCACCAAUGCAGUGCUGCAAAAGCCCAGCACGCAGUUGUUAACAGAGACGGCCUGUAUGGGUUCAAGACUCAAGACUGCUGUUGAUGUUGUCUUGUAUGGAAACACUGUUACUCCAACAUUAGCAUUGAUACGAGCCACAUUAAGAGCCUGAUUGGAUGAAAAAUGUUUGUCGCUUUUUCCUGUAUUCUGAUGGCCUGCAUGGAUACGAUCAUCGAUACCGUCAGUAUUUUUGAUGUGACAUAGGAUGGCUGAAUAUGACCCAUAGACCUGUCAUCACGGCAUUUUGAUUUUUGCAAAAUCCCCCUUGGCUGCAACUUAACUACUUCAUUUUUUAGACCUUUGUGUGACUUUUAAUGGUGUUAAGUACCUACCACACCAUAUUUUAAACCUUUUCUAAAUGAUAAGAAAAAUGAAACCAUAUUAUAUGGUGUGGUUUUGUUGUGAAGAGCCAAAGAUGCUACUAAGUUGAUAUCUGUGAUCGGUUUUAUCUUUCUAGAUAACUGCCACAGGUUUAAGCAUCUUAUCUUUCUGUAGUCAUGUAUGACCUGCUGAUCAGGGAUGAGUCAAAUAGUCGUAGCUGAGAGGUGUAUUAUUGUUUUGCUACAUGUGGAGACCAUAGCAGUUGCAUGUGGGUAAAAUCCCCGAGACAAAAUAAGCACAACAGAAUGGGAUUUAAUUCACCUCCAAGCAUUUAUCUCUGUGCUGUAGAGCAGUUGGUAAAAUAUAAACUGAAUUUGUAGAAAUUUGAGGUUUGCUCUCAGAUCCAUCUGCCCCCAGAGAAACUGUUUUCUUCAGCACUGGAGAAAUCUGCUGUGUGCUGUUUGUUGUUUUGGAUAAUGUAUCAAAGUAAACUCAUGUUUGACCAUAAAUGCUGUAUUCAGA